UGGUGUUAUGCUCGGUCAACUGAAUCGUGUCUUCGUUGUUCAUGAGUUCCUAAAGGUGCUUUUCUUAUCCAAGGUAUCUUGCUUACUAAUCACUGUUCAGUAGGAUUUUAUGUAACAACAUCUCUGUACUUCAGAAUUUUAUGACAGGCCACAAAGUCAUACCCCAAACAAGACUCAUACAUGCUGACUAGCAGUGGACAGUGAUUCAAUCCAGCCUCAGUAAGUAAACAACCUGCAUAGAUCUUUCAACUGAACAACUUUCAUCAUUCAGGAACGUUCAAGAUGGCCAAGACGGAUGAACCCAUAAGUUUUAAUGAAGCUGUAAACAAGGUUUCCAAUUCAAUCUAUCGUUUUCCUCUGGUUGAGGUGCGAGGCGUACCGCUCAGGAACUGGAUUGCUCAAAACUGGAGCGCUGUUUCCGCUUUCCGCCCGGAUCCGUCCGAUUUGCUCAUCUCCACCUACCCUAAAGCAGGUACCACCUGGGUCCAAGAAAUAGUGGAUCUCCUGCUGCAUAAUGGAGAUGCUGAGUUCUGUAAGCGAGCACCAACUGCUGCACGAAUUCCAUUUCUGGAGAUCCAUUAUCCUCCCCCCAUUCCGUCGGGCCUGGACCUUCUGAAAACAUGGAAACCUCCCAGGGUCAUCAAGACGCACUUACCCAUACAGCUGGUGCCUGAAGGAUUCUGGGAAAAUAAGUGCAAGGUUAUUUACGUGGCUCGAAAUGCUAAAGACAAUGUGGUCAGCUACUACCACUUUGACCAAAUGAAUCUGAUUCAUCCAGAGACGGGUACAUGGGAAGAAUAUGUGCAGAAGUUCAUGGCUGGAAAAUUGGCCUGGGGAUCUUGGUACGACCAUGUGAAAGGUUACUGGAAAGAAAGAGAGAAGAGGAACAUCCUUUAUAUUUUCUUCGAGGAUAUGAAAGAGAACCCACGACGAGAAAUAGUAAAGAUCAUGCGGUAUCUGGACUUGUCGGUCUCCGACGACAUCAUCGACAAGAUCAUCAAGUUGACAUCCUUUGAGGUCAUGAAGGACAACCCGAUGGCCAACUACUCGUCCGUCCCAACCAUCAUUUUUGACCAGUCCAUUUCUGCUUUCAUGAGAAAAGGAGAGGUUGGAGACUGGACCAAUUACUUCACACCAGCUCAGACCCAGAUAUUUGACGAGGACUAUGCCAGAAAAAUGGCAGAUGUAAACAUUAAGUUUCGGACCAGCAUAUAAAAGACGCCAUCGAGAAAUCGUGCUGCGAUAAAAACGCUACAUUAAACAUCGUAUCUAUAUGUAAAGGUAAUUUGGUCAAAUCUCAAUAUGGGAAAUAUUAAUAAUCUGUAGGAUUUAAAAAUUGCAGAUAAAAUUGUUUCCAUGAAACAAUGAAUCAGGGGUUAAAAUGUUUUUAGUUGUCACGUGUACAGUGAAAUUCUAUCUUCGCAUAUCAGAAAUAGCUUUUCUGAUUUCACAUUUUCCAGUUGCACAUUUUUUUAUUUCUUUUUCACAAAUGAUAAACAGAAUAAAACAAAAGUAAGAACAAAAAAUUAAAAGUGUUAUUGCACAUUUUUUAUAAAGAAAAAUAGAAAGUAUUUUUGCACAGAAAAAUACAGAAAUACAUAAGUGGUAGUGCACAUAUUUUUAUAUCCCAGUGAUGUUAGGAAGCUGGGGGUCAGAGUGCAGAGUCAAUUAUGAUACACCACCACUGGAGCACAAGGAAUUAAGGGCCUUGUUUAGGGGCCCAAGAGUGGCAGCUUGGUAGUACUAAUGCUUGAACCCCUGACCUUCCAAUCAACCCUGAGCCUUAACCACUGAUUCCACCUUAAAUUCAGAUAGAUUGCGGCUACAUCUACAAUAAUCUGGCUAAAUGUUUUAGGACAUUAUUUCGUCCCAAAGUUUUCGUUAAUUUCAGAUUAUUUUUACUAGAACUUUUACUAUUUACUUUUUACGGCUCUUCGAAACGUCGCGGUAACAAAAAAAAUGUGUCA